AAAGUCAAACGCGUUAGUUCAGUGGACACCGGUCGGAGCUCGCGCUGGCUCCUGUUGCCACAGCAACCACUGAGGAGAAAUCCGUGCAGCUUCUGAUGCUGUAGCAUUACCGCAAUGAGGGGGAUGUAGCAGUUGUGGUCGGACAGAUGGGACCUCAAGAUUGACUGUGACUCACCACAAAGCGAUGAGAAAAAGAAAAUGUAGCGGUAAUGGACGAUUGUAAUAUCGGACUGGAGGGACGAAGCUGGAAACGAGCCGCAAUCAAGACCUGAGGAAUGAACAAAUAUCUUCAAGAACUUCAAUAUGAGCAUUCAUAGUUGAAGGUCAUAAUCAAGUGUAGCCAUUACUGAAAAAAAAUAUCUGGCAGUUUUCAGGAUGAUUCUGCUGACUUUAUCUGAAUCUGCGAUUCUUCCACCUCAUUCCAGAAUCAACUAUGGAUAACAACGCAAAAACCUGCUCUUUGCCCAGACUCUGAUUUCACAGGAAUUGGCAGACGCUUGACAGCCCUGCGAUGGAAUAUUUUUGGAUCUCUCUGGUGUCAAUAUAUUUAUUUCUUUAUUGUCUGUUCGGUUUUGUCUUUCUCUAAAUAAUGCUGGAAAAACCCACGUAAGUUUUUGAAUUGCAUGCGAACAGUGAAUGAAGAUACUCACUUAGCAUGCACUGAAGUUCUGUAUUGCAUUUUUAGCAUAAUUUGCUUGUCAUAAAUAUAUCAGGGUGUCAUAUCAUGGACAUAUAUUAUGUUAAGCUUUCUGUUAAGGACUUCUGUUUUGCUUCUGUGGACCUCUAAUCACCAUUAUGUGCUGCAAGCUCUUGGAAAAAUGAAUUUAAGCAAUUGUUUUUGGUGAAAAACAAACACAAAGCAAAAAAAACAAAAAUCAAAAAAACAAAAAACAAGGGCUACCAAGGACAGUGCUCAGGUGCUGCUCCUAUAGCGUACUAAAAUCUGCUUAAUUUGGACAUUCGCACCUGCUUCCUGGCUCUUCCAGUCCCCUCGGCUGUUGCCGCACUUAAUCUCUCAGGAUGAGCCAGAAGUCCGACUCAGAGACUGAGGGCUCCCAGGUGCCUGUGAUUUACACAGUGGAGGAACUGGAGUGCAAGAUCUGCUACAAUCGCUUUGACACCCGAGCCCGCAAGCCCAAGGUGUUGAGCUGCCUGCACCGCGUCUGUGCCAAAUGUCUCAAGAAGAUGGUGGAGCUGGACUCAUCUCCGAGCAUUAUCAGCUGCCCCUUCUGUCGCCACGAGACUCAUGUCCCUGACGAGGAGAUCUGGCUUCUUCAAGAUGACAGCAACAUUCUGGCCAUUCUGACUUACCAGGACCGAGCACGAAAGAGCGGUACCGCACCCAGCGGUGAGGUCCUUUUGACGCCCAACAGCUUGAGCGGAGGUGAGCAGGCCCACAGCUCCUCCGAUUGCCUCGUCAUUACAAUCAUGGAAGUCCCUGGAGAGUCGCAGUCCUCGGACUCUAUGAGCAUGCUGAACAUGGUACGCUUGUAUCGGCCAGCCAGCCUGGACUCCUUGCCUUGCCACCUGCCUGUGCAGAAGUGCCGGGCAUGGACGUCCCGUUCGGUUCCCCGCUUUCUGAUGGGUUUCCUCUGCCUGGUCUACUUCAGCUCUCUGCCACUGGGGAUCUACUUGCUGAUGAUCCAGCAGCUCACAAUGGGAGUGAUCCUGGUCAGCCUGGUGCCCUCCACCCUGGUCCUUUGCGUAUUCUAUGGCUUCUGCCAAUGUCUGUGCCACGAGAUCAUGGAGGCCAUCGCCACAUAGCACCCCACUGUCUUUGGGCUGAACUAGCAAGACCUGUAAAAGAACAAAAACCAAAUGACUGAUGCAUAUCUGCUAAUCCCAGACACCCCAUUUUUUCCGUCACACCAGAUUAUACCAGCAUCUACCAGUAAACUCCUUGUAAAUCACCUCACAUUGUAUGCAGGGCCAACUAUACUUGACUUUAGCAGUUGAUUACCAAUGCAAGCUGAAGUUAUUGAUUUUGGACUGCAUCAAAACGCUGUGGUUUUUGUAUCGCAUUUAGCUCACCCAAUGGGUCUUCAACAACUGUGAUAUAAAUAACACGCAACAGAGAAUGAAGUCCUUCCACUCUUUAAUAUGGAAACCACAGGAUGUGUUCAAUAAUACUAGAUGAAUUUGUUCAUUUUCUGUUAUAUUAGGAAUAUCUGUGGUAUAAUUUCAAUCAUUGUCUCAAUGUUCUCGUUGAAGUUCCUAGUUGCCUUUGUAAGGCAUGUCAAUGGCCAAGCUGUAAUGUACAUGUAAAAUAAGUGAAUUUGUGUUUGUCAUUGCUAUGAGAAUGGACAAAUACUUUAAAGCCACCUGUUAGAUAUUCAAUAAAGAUUCUUCCAUAUCUAACACAA